AUGUGUACGGCACAGCUCAUCGCUGGACUGCUGAUUAUCAGCCUGGGGUUGCUGGUGCCUGAUACUUUUCUCUAUACCCUGCCCAGUGUUCUGUUCAUAAUUUCAGGACUGCUGUCAUACGCUGCAGGACACUCUCCAAAUAUAAGUCUGACAAAACUAUCAUUUUCACUCAACAUCAUCAGCCUUUUUUGGGCCACAGCAGCCCUGGUCAUUUGUCUGUAUAAGCUUACUUCCCCACCCUGGAGUGAAACAGAAAAUGGAAUACAAGGAAUGACUGCUGUUCUUAUUGCCCUGGAGCUGGUGGUUGCACUGAUUCUGAUCUAUUGGGAGAGCAAAGCAGUGUGCCGAGAUCACUUCAACAUUCUGGACAAGCAGGUGGAGCUGGGUGACAAGAUGGACUUGGCCUCAUACCUGCUGAAGCCCAUCCAGCGCAUGAGCAAAUACGCUCUGCUGCUGAAGGACCUGAUAAAAGAGUGUGGGCACACCCACGAGCAGGAGCUCAGCGACCUGCGCACUGCCGAGGAGAUGGUCAAGUUCCAGCUGCGCCACGGCAACGACCUGCUGGCCAUGGAUGCCAUCCGCGUCUGUGACGUGAACCUGAAGGCAGGGACAGUCAGGUGUCAGGAGAAUUCAUGUCUGUGUGGCCGGAGAAAUGUCUUCCUGUUCGAAGACCUCAUCCUCUUCAGCAAGACCAAAAAGAUUGAUGGGGGAUACGACAUCUACAUCUACAAGCAGUGCUACAAGGUCCUGAGAGCUUAA